AUGCGUGCCAUGCUGUCAACAUGUGAUGCACCAGUCAUGAGCCUCGAAGAAUUUCUGGCACCAGUGAUCAGCCUAGACGAAUUCCUGGCUCCAGUGAUGACCUUGCAAAAGUUCUUGGAGCCAGAGCAUGAGACACCCGACCACUUCUUGGAGGACGCCAGCAAAGCUCCGCCGCCUGCAUGCUCCAAGCGUGAGGUGUCCUUAUGUGGCAAGGUGGUCGUCCUGGGGUGGCCCAAGCCAAAGAAAAACGGGGUGCCGUUCACCGACUUUGUUCUCGAGGAAGGGCACUAUUGGUUUCGACAGGCUUGGAGCGUUUUUGCGUGUCUGCAUGCACUGAAUAAUGCCACAAGUAACCGUAUGAUGCAUCAUUGA